AUGAAUUAAAGUAAGCAUCUAACUGUCUGCAAAAUUUAACUAUUACAUGACUUGAUUACCAAAUUUGAAUCCCUUGAAUUUCUACCAAUUGAUUCAAAUCAAUUAAGUGAACAAUUACACCAAUUGGGUAUCAACAUUAAAUAUAUUGGCAAAAUUUGUUAGAUGUGUUAAUUAUAACAUAUUAAGGAUCUAUGUGUAUGCGAUAUGAUCAGCAGAGUUUGCAAAAAAGUGUUGAGGAAUAAUGUAGCAGAUUUAAUGAAAAAUCUUAAAUAUUAGUUAUCUCAAAAAUUACAGAGUGAUCAAUCUAAUAUUUUGGAGUUUUCCAUGAUCUAAGAAUUAAAUACUAAAGAUGUUUAAGACAUCAAAAUUAUAUUAGAAUUGUCAUCUAAAUUGAUAAACGAAAGUUGUCUGGACUUUUUGAAUCUACUAUUAGGUGUUGGAAAAGAAUCUGACAUAUUUUGGAUUUAAAUCAUUUAAAAAUAGAUUUGGUAUGAUUAUUCAUAUAAUCUUGAUGUUACUUCUAGAUAUUCAAUUUAAUACAAAGGAAUGUUGCUAUAUUGUCUACAAUAGUAGUGCGAUAUAUCCUUUACCAUUUCCCCAGCCUUAAUCAACGGGAUGUUUAAGGAAUCCUUCCCUUUAAAAGAAAAACCUCAAUUCAAUGUCCAAUCCAAGGCUUAUUAAUUGAAUACAUCAAAAAUAGCUAGAAAAUCGAAGAGGAGAAAUAUAAUGAAUCAGGAAUAGUUAUUUUAAUCUAUCAAAUGGUCUUUGGAAUUAUGUCUUAUACGCAAAGAAGGAGAUGAGGUCUUCGCUAACCUUUUAUGCGAGGAGAGCUGUGAGAAUGCUAAUAAAGCCUUAUGUUUUACUAAGCCUGGCCAUCCUAGUCAAAUUAAGCCCUUGUUGUAAAUCAUAUAGACUAACAUGGACAACCUAGAAACAGCCCUUUAAUACUUUGAAUAGAUUCUCUAAAUACUAGAUUCCUACUUUGGAUCUUCACAUCCUUAUUAUUUUAUCAUUUACUCUAUUUUUGGACAUUAUCUAAAGGAAAGCGGGUAUUUCAAUGACACCUUGAAUUUAUACGAAAGUGCAUUGCAAUGUGCCAUCCGCUUAUUUCAGAGUCAUCCUUGCAUAGCUGAUAUCUAUUCAGAUAUUGGUUAAUUGCACUUUUACAAAAAGGACUAUGAUAACGCAUCUGUCAAUUACAACAAGGCAAUUUCAAUUUACGAGAAAUGCAAUCAAUAUUAAUCCUUUAAGUAUGCCAAUAUCCUUUUGCUUUAAGGACAACUGCUCUACAAUCAAUAACAAAAUGAAUAGGCAAGUGGGUAGGUGGAAACUGCCAUAGACAUAUUGUAUCAAUUUGAAUAUUCCUAAACAGAUCUCCUGAUUGAAGCAAUCAAGUUGCUUAUUCAGAUUUGCAUUUCAUAGAAUAAUUAGGGUAAAACCAACUAAUUGAACUUGCAACUCCAACUCCUGUAGAUGAGACACUCUAUUAUGCAAUGA